AUGUCGACGCAAGAUCUGUAUCAUAUUAGCCAACGCAUCGCACCACGACAAAAGAUGCCCGAGCAACAACAACAACCCAACCAAGUCAUUGUGCCUUCUAUGUUUGUGCCUGGACCCUUUUAUUAUUACCAGCUGCCACCUUAUCUGGCGCUGCCUACUACUACUACUACUACAGCUGCAGCUGCUCCCAUCCAUUAUCCACGGCUUGCUACACACACCACUGCCUACCCUCCACCUAUUCAUCAUACCCUGGAGAAUGCCACUAUUACAUAUGAUACGAUGGUCGUUGAGCAUAGCAAGGAUUUAGUCAAGGACGUGUUUUUCUCUCCUGCAAUGACUACAACGGAAGGAAGAGACUCUGAAGGCUCCUCGAUCUGUGGGCAAAGUGAUAGCGACGAAUCUGAUGUUGCCUCCUUUUCUCCCUCUGACUUACUUCAAGACGACGAUCCAUUGUUUUUUAUUGGUCUCGAUCUUAAUGAAACCACCACCACUACCAACAAGGGCGCUAAUGCUGCUGCUGCUGCCGCCGAGAAACAAUCUUCAAAGAAAAAGCAACCUUCUUUGCUUGGCAAACGACGUUCCCGAAAUAACACCACCACCACCCUUGAUAACGUCAAGAAGGCCAAAACCAGCAAUGCUGUUAGCCUACCCGGUUCACCCUUGAUGGAUUAUUUUGAGGAGGAUGCCUCAACUGAAGAAUCAUCGGAUGAUGAUGAUACCCAAAGUGUUGCGGAUCUCCAAUCCAUUUCAGCAGCCGAUGAUAACGAGUCAACCGCUUCGUGGGAAGAGCGCGCUGAGCUCUUUGAAGAAGCCGAAGAGGAAAAGUUACAACAACAGCAACAACAACUUGUUGAACCACGCCCAACGCAACAACCCACGAUCUAUCAAAAGUUGACCAAGGCUAAUGUUGACUGGUGCCGAUACUGUGGCACCACUGAAGGUGUCAACUGGCGCCCUGGACCAUGGGGAAAGCGGACAUUGUGCAAUAAACAUGGAUGCGAUUACAAGGGCUAUGGAUUUGCAUGCAAGUUACCACGCCUUGAUCUGACAGGAUUUGCAAACGAAGCUAUCCAUGAUCGUGAUAGACCUGUGCUUCAGCUAUUUUGCUCAGUGUGCCAUCAUCAAGAAUCAUGGGAAGGAAAUGUGUUGGUGCGCUGUGAAGGUUGUCCAAAAGCUGUGCAUCAACAAUGUGCAGAACCACACCAUCAAUUAUCAGAUGCUUUUGUGGCGGGUGAUGAACCCUGGUUCUGUGAUCCCGCUUGUCAAGAAAAUGCACGAAGGAAACGCAUCGUUGUGGAGUUGCCAAGAAAGCGUUUACCUCUUAUGUGUGCUCCCAAGAACAAUAGCAGCAACAGCAGCAGUAACGCAUCGUCUCCUUCCUCUUCACCCAUGUUGCAUCGCCGCAUCUCCUCUUCAUCAUCCUCAUCUUCAUAG